CGCGCCGCCGCGGGCGGCAGAGGCGGCACGGGCCGCGGUGCGCUCUGGGACGGGGAGUCCGUGCGGUCGCGCGUCGUAGCGGCCCGCGCGGGAGGCGGCGCUCUGACCUGGCGGGUUCGCCCGGGCCGUGUCCCGCCGCUCCCGCCGCCGGCCCUGCUCGCCGGGAAGAUGGCUGCCGUCCGCAGGGCCCGCAGGGACUCCCGCUGCGUGGUGCGCUUCUCCGACCGAGAACUCUGCUAAGUGCCCCUCGCGGGCAGGGAGGACACACGGACCAAGCGGGGGAGCAGAGCCCCCGGGACGGGACAGCGCCGCCCGAGCGUCGGCAGCAUGGCAGAAGCUGAAGAAGAUUGUCACCCUGAUUUGGUAAGAACCGAUGACAGUGAAAGAUCUGGUGAAGCAAAUCUUCAGGCAGAGCUCCAGAUGUUCAGAGCUCAGUGGAUGUUUGAGCUUGCCCCAGGUGUGAGUUCUAGUGGGUUGGAACCUCUGCCAUGCAGAGCAUCAUCAAGAGAACCUGGACUAAAGUCUGUUGAUGCCAGGGGAAAACAGGAGAUAGCAAAAGAGGAAAAGGCAAAAGAACUUUUCCUGAAGGCAGUGGAAGAAGAGCGAAAUGGGGCCCUUUAUGAAGCCAUCAAGUUUUAUCGUCUAGCCAUGCAGCUUGUACCUGAUAUAGAAUUUAAGAUCACCUAUACACGGUCCCCAGAUGGUGAUGGAGUUGGAAAGAGGUGUGUUGAGGAUAGCAAAGAGGAUGACAAAAUGGCAGAUCUCCUGACGGAUUUCCAGCAGCAGUUAACUCUUCAGGAAUCUUCAGUCAAACUUUGUCAGCCUGAAGUUUGUGUCAGCCAGACCCACAUCUCAGCGUUGCCUAUGGAAGUACUAAUGUACAUUUUCCGAUGGGUGGUUUCAAGUGACUUGGAUCUAAGAUCAUUGGAGCAACUAUCUCUUGUUUGUCGAGGAUUUUACAUUUGUGCCAGAGAUCCUGAAAUCUGGCAUCAAGUGUGUUUGAAAAUAUGGGGCAGGAGCUGCAAUAAACUUGUUCCAUAUACAUCUUGGAGGCACAUGUUUUUGGAAAGGCCUCGCGUUCGAUUUGAUGGUGUAUAUGUCAGCAAGACAAAAUACAUACGUCAAGGAGAACAGUCUCUUGAUGGUUUCUAUAGAGCAUGGCACCAAGUGGAAUAUUACAGGUAUUUGAGAUUCUUUCCAGAUGGUCAAGUUAUGAUGCUAACAACUCCUGAAGAUCCUCAAUCUAUAGUUCCUCGCUUACGGACUAAAAACACAAGAACGGAUGCAAUCUUGCUUGGCCAUUAUCGCCUUUCCCAGGAAACAGACAAUCAAACCAAAGUAUUUGCUGUAAUAAUGAAGAAAAAGGAUGAGAAACCAGUUGAUUACCACAAAUACAGGUAUUUCCGCCGAGUUCCUGCUCAAGAAACGGAUCACAGUUUCCAUGUAGGACUGCAGUUGUGCUCCAGUGGGCGCCAGAGGUUCAACAAACUUGUGUGGAUACAUCAUUCUUGUCACAUCACUUGCAGAUCAACUGGUGAGACAGCUGUUACUACUUUCGACAUUGACAAGAUGUACACCCCUCUGUUCUUUGCACGAGUGAAGAGUUUUACUGCAUAUUCAGAAAAGCCGCUCUAAGAAACACCUUCUCCUCUCACAACUUUUGCAUGAGUAAAAGGUUGUAGCUAAUAAGCACUUAAGUUAUAAAUGUGUAUAUAUUUGGAGCAUUUUAAAAUUCUGGGAAAUUUCUUGAAGGCAGUAUGUUCUAUUUGAUUGUGAAUUGCUGGGAUUUUGUUUUGAUUUUUGUUUUGAGAAGCUUAUGAGUGUUAAACACAUUUUAUUUGUGAUAAAAAUUUGAUAAAGUUUUGUUGUGUUGGGUUUUUUUUUAAAAAAAAUUUUUAAUCAGUUUGCUUAAAAUGUGAAUGUUCAUCUGCCUAGACUCCGAUUCGUUCAAAAGGAAUCAAUAGGAAAAUCUCACUGUCCAUGGGACAGUGUGUAUGGUCUCUGCUGAAGACUUGAAAUGUGAAAAGGGAGAAAGUUGUCAUCUGUUAAACUCUGACUUAAAAGAACUUCAAAUAAAUGUUUUCUUUAAAUUAAA